AGUAAACCUGCUGCUCCUCCUUUGAAUGCUUCAAUCAUAUCAACACACACAGACGUCUCACGCUGCUUACUAGAUACAAGCUCUUCAAACCAUUCUGGGAUAUCAUCCUAAACGUUUGGGACACUGAAAAAGAUUUAAAGAGGGAGCAAUGCAAUUAGUUGACGUGGAGUUAGAGAAACACGUGGAGAUGUCGUCCUGUGAGAACAGGACGUCCACAAACAGCCCAAAACUUCUGUCACACUCGAUCGAGGAAAUACUGAAAAAACCUUCAUGUUUGACCGUGCGAUCUGACAGAACGGACAAGAAACUUAACACAUCUGGAUGUGCACAGACCAAGAUAAACACAGACGCUCCAAAAAUCAGCCAAUACACAGCUCGAGGGUCGGGUCGCAGACGGGUACGGACCGCAUUCACCGUGAGUCAGCUGGAGGAGCUGGAAAGAGUUUUUCAGGAAACACACUAUCCUGACGUUCACACCAGAGACCAGCUCGCCUGUCGAACGCAGCUGUCUGAGGGAAGAGUACAGAUCUGGUUCCAGAACCGGCGGGCGAAGUGGAGGAGCAGUGAAGCUAAAGCAGCUAGAGCAGCACACACACCUCUGACGGUGCUGAGAGACACUAAACACCUCCUGACUCCUGUCCUCUGUCUUCAGUACCUGAGCUUUCAGCAGGAGUUCUGGCUGCCCGAGUCCGUCUCUCCUCCGAUUGGUUCUCCUGAACAUGCCACACUUCAACAUCAUUCAUUCUUCUGACCUCAGCGCUUUCAUGGGACACUACA